AACCGUAGUGACCUCGCCCUGUGUGGCUGUGUCCCCAAACCCGGUAAAAAAAAGGGCCCCCCCGGAAAGUCCUAGACCGAGAAAAGCUGCGACCUCCGUUGCGCGAGAGAGAGAACGAGACGAACGGAAGGAGUUGGGAAAGGGAGACGCGAGAUUUGUUGUUACCACUAGGAGGCCAUGGUGGUGGUGGUGGUGUGCGUGCGGGGGAAUUAGGAGGAGGAGUAGUUGUUGUUGUUUGGUAGAGUCGAGCUUGCGUAGUUCUCGUGGGCUCUCGUUUUUGCGUUGCGUGUGCCUCGCCAUCCGCCGCGUCCCUAUCCAACCCCCCUCCCCGCAUUCCCUCUCCCCCUCGUCGUCGUCGUCUUCCUCCUCCUGCGGCGGCGACGGCACAGAUAAGAUUUGGUUAGGAGCUGUUUUGUUUGUUGGGUUGAAAUCGUCAAGUAACGUGGACGUGGGGGUGAAGCAAAGGAAGGGAGGGGAGAUUGGGUUUGGGUGGUGUGAGGAUUGAUUUGUUUUUUUUUUUUGGGGUUUUCUCUUCUUGAUUGAUUCGUUCUUGGCGUUGAGGAGAGGCAGCGGUGUUCGUUAGAUUGAUUUUUCGCUGUCUCGGGAGAAUUUCGCUUUCCCGGUUGGGGGAUUCCCUCGGUGGGGGGCAUCUGAUUCGCGAUCGGGUUGGAUUAGAUUCUUUUGGUGCAACGUAAUCUGAUAAGGGGAAAAAGAAAUUUCAAGAUUGUGAGGAGGAGGAGGAGGAGGUGAUCGAGAGAGGGCAUCGAUUCUUGGUGGUGCCAGGGGAGCCAUCGGAGUCGUGGGGGUGGAGGUGGAGGUGGGGGGAGCCCGAUCUCGGGUGGCCGCGGCGGCGAUGGCCGACCGGCUGGAUCGGUGGCGCGAGCUCCUCCGCGGGGCGGCCGGCUCCGCCGGAAUCUGCGACGUGAUCGAGAACGCCAUCCUCGUCGCCGCCGCCGACGCGCCGCAGGAGCUCCUGCGCCGCCGCGACCGCAUCUGCGAGAUCCUCUUCACCGCGCCGCGCGCCCCGCCCUGCCACCACGGGUGCGGCAGCGCCGCCACCCCGACCCCGGCCACCCCCGUGGAGGAGGACAAGGGCAGCGUGCGCCGCGUCCCCGAGAAGCAGAGCAAGGUGGACAGCAGCAGCAACGGCGCCCUCGGCGGCGGCGGCGGCCGCCGCGACGACGUCGAUGACGACUCUGACUCUGACUCCGACGACGAGCGCCUCCGCCGCGCCGCGGCGAGCAACUACGGUCACAACUACGAUGAUGACGACGAGGAGGAAGAGGAGGAGCAGGAGGCGGCGCCGGCUGAAGAGGACGAAGAACAAGAGCUGGACCCCGAGGCUGUGGAGCUUGAGGCACUCACCAACGAGAUCGACGAGGAGUCACAGGUCGUCGGCGAGGUUCUCCGCAUCAAGGACCUCUUCUUGCACAAGGAAGAUCAUUCGGAUGCUACUUUGUUCGAAUCACUGAGGAGGCUGCAGCUGAUGCAAUUGUCCGUUUCCACGCUGAAGGCUACUGAGAUUGGGAGGGCUGUUAAUGGGCUGCGGAAGCACAACUCGCAGCAAAUUCGUCACCUUGUGCGCACUCUCAUUGAAGGUUGGAAAAUUUUGGUUGAUGAGUGGGUCAGCACCACUAAUGUUGCCCUUACAGACAACUCCCCGGGCUCUUCAAAAACAUCUGUUGUCGAUGAUGCUGAUGAUGAAGGGCUUCCUUCUCCACCUCUGGAUGAAGGGGCGUUCUUUGCAACCCAGACUACUGCUAUUCAACUCUCUGAGUUCUUUGAUGAAAUGGAUGAAGAUGGAAACUUGAGACAUAACAAUGAUGGGAGCCUUGGAAAUAAGAGAGAAAAUUAUGGCAGGAGGCCUACAAGCCAUCCAGCUUUGACAAAGCAAGAGCCUCCCCGUAACAUGGGAGCUGUUGAAAAAGUUCAAUCCAGGAGGCCGGAAUUGGCAAGGCAAGAGCCAUCAAUGAGGCAGGCUAACCCACAAACCCCUCAAAAUUCAAGUUUGCAAGUCAAACAGCAGGCCAUGCUUCACAAGCAAUCUAAGCCCUUGAGUUCUGAUUCUGGACCUGGGAGACCAUUAAGGGCAGCUCCUCAGCAGAAGCCCUUUGUUGAGAUGAAAUCUAGACUGGCUCGAGAGCAGGUUGCUGUUGAAAGAAAACCUGCAGCGAGCCAUGUGGAUAAAUCGAGGCUUCCUGCACAACCUUCAGCAGGAGUCAAGCUAGAGUCGGCAAAGCCAAAGAUCUAUGAUGGUUUGGAAAGCAAUAGUAGGCUGGAAGCAGCAAAGAGGAGGCUCCAGGAGCGCUACCAGGAAGCUGAAAAUGCAAAAAGGCAGCGCACCAUACAAGUAAUGGAGCUGGGCGACAUACCAAAGCCUAAGCAUCAAAAUAGACAACCUAUGAUGAAGUCAAGGAAUCACAUUAGAAGUUGGGCAAAUGGUCGGCGAUAAUUCUCCCGUGAUUCUUUUUUCCCUCAUCUGAUGAAUCAUUACCAUGCCUGGCUGGUCGGAGCGCAUAUGCAUGCUGACUCGAAACACCUGAACUUAGUUGCCAGGGCUUAGAACAGAACUUUUUUGAACAUAUAAACACCUCCAAUGGGUGGUUUCUCUUUGAAGACGCAAGAGCUGCUCCGGAUGCAAAUCCAAUAAGUAACACCUCUUGCAUCCGGAAGAGUUUAGUCAUGUCUGGUUAUUAGGAGAUUGGGCAUGUAGUUCGACCUGUACCGGCUGGUUACUUUCUUUCUUUUUCUUCAAAGGAAGCUGUAGAUACCAGAUAGAAUAAUCGUCAAUAUUCUCGUACAUUCUAUCUGCCCUCAACAUUUUACAUGAUUCAGUGAAACACUCAUGGCUCACACUA